UAAGAGCUCGGCCUCACCAUUAAUCUUUAAAGGAAAAUCACCCCGGCCGGAAAGACCGGCUUGGCUCGGGUCUCCGGAUGUCCCCCUCCAGGCUCCCUACACAGUUCUGGAGGUGAAGGAUGCUGGCAGCGUCCGGGGACAAGGCACCCAGGGUGGGAAGCGGGGAUGACCGGGCCCCACCGCACCCAAUUUGUUGUCCUUGCCCCGGGCCGGGGGCAGCCACCAAGCACUGAGCCCCCGCGGGACGGACAGCGACCCACGCAGACGGAGGAACACCAGAAAGGGCUGUUUUGAAGAAUAGUGCCUGGUUUCUACAGAGAGCGCUGAUCCAAACAAUUCUCCUGAUCAGAUGGUUGCUUGGCCACACCUUCUGGAGGCUGGGAAGUCCAAGAUCACAGUGCCAGCAGAUUUGGUGUCUGGUGAGAACCCUCUUCCUGCUUCACAGACUGUCACCUUCACACUGUGUCUUCACAUGGUGGAAGGAGGGCACGAGAACUCUCUGAGUGCACUAUUUAUUAUUAGCGGCAACCACAAGAACUCAAGAAGCAUAGAGGGGGAAAUUCUCCCUCCCUGACAUCUGCCGUGUGGGAGAUAGAGCCAUUGCCCAGAGGAGCUGUACCCGGCGUCCUUCACUUCUUGGUGUUCUCCAACCUCAUCACCAUCAGAGAUGAGCCACCUUCUUUCCUGGAUAUUGGAGCAGGAAGAGUGCGUCUUUCCAGGGAAGCUGGAGGUCACCCAGAGUAGAGGAAGAGGUAUUUUUACUGAAUGCAACGUGCAUGAGAGGAAUUCCAGGAAUUUUCUUUUUGCUGGAGUCACCAUCUCUGGACCCAAAGGCCUGAAACAAUGAGCUGGAUCAAUCCAUUGCUUUUGACUGCCAAUAAGUGCUGCGCGCUGAUUGGUCCUGGUUAAGGAAACGGAAGAAGAGGCGUGCACGUGGGACCUGCGGCGAGAGGUCUGAGCGCCGGGGAGGGAGCGCGUCCCGGGAUAGACCAUGGCGUCGCUCAAUUGCAGCACCGCUGUCUGCGUUAUCUGUUUGGAGAAACCCAAAUACCGCUGCCCCGCCUGCCGCGUGCCCUACUGCUCGUUGACCUGCUUCCGGGAGCACAAAGAGCAGUGCAACCCUGAAACUCGUCCCGUCGAGAAAGAAAUAAGAUCGCAUCCUACUGCAAAAACUAAAAAGCCUGUGGAAAACACAGAUGAUGAUGACUCUGUAGCUGAUUUUCUCAGUAGUGAUGAGGAAGAGGACAGAGUUUCUUUGCAGAAUUUAAAGAAUUUAGGGGAGUCUGCAGCGCUGAGAAGCUUACUGCUCAGUCCACACCUUAGACAGUUGAUGGUCAACCUCGAUCAGGCAGACGACAAGGCAAAGCUCAUGCGAGCCUGCAUGCAGGAGCCUUUGUUUUUGGAGUUUGCUGACUGCUGUUUAAGGAUCGUGGACCCAUCCCCGAACGAGGAUUCUUAAGGUGGAUUAUUGUGCUGCCUGCUGCUCCCAGGAGGCCAGCUCGCGUGGGGCCCUAAGCAGGGGCGGCGCUUUCCAGGACGUUGAGCGGCUGACGUCGGGUAGGUCCUGCACAUCCUUACGUCCAUUGCCGCAGGCUGGGGCGCAGGUGGACGGAGGUACUCCAGGUGGCAAACCCUUUAUGGAGAGAGAACUUGACAUUCAGAUGGUUGCUUUUAAAUGUUUUAUUUUCGGUACAAUUAAGACAUAAAUGAUAUGGCUUUCACACCCAUUUGAGUUAAAACUUGCUCAGUGUUUCAAAAUAAAAUUAAAGUGUGGUGGUUCUGUGGUGCA